AUGAAGGCCUUUUCCGCAAUCUUCGCCUGCCUCGCCGCGGCGCUAGCCGUUUCCGCGGAGAGCGUAUCCGACCUCCACGUCGAGACCGACGCCAGCAGCGUCAUCCAGCUCACGGACUCCAACUUCGAAAAGUUGACGCAGGCAACCACCGGAUCCACCACAGGUGCGUUCUCGUCUGGCAACCGCUCACACACAGCAGGUCCGUGGUUCGUGAAGUUCUACGCCCCCUGGUGCUCGCACUGCCGCCACAUGGCCCCGGCGUGGGAGCGCCUGGCUAGGGAGCUCAAGGGCGUCGUUAACGUCGCCGACUUGGACGCCACCCGCAGCCCCAACGUUGCCAAGCGGUUCGGCAUCAAGGGAUACCCUACCCUGAUCUUCAUUGACAAGGGGCGCAUGUACGUCUACAAGGGAGGCGAACGCACCACCGAGCGUCUGGCUGCUUUCGCCACCUCUGAGUACCAGAAGACCAUCUCCACCGCCGUUCCGGCACCCCUGACGUACCUCGGCGUGCUCGUGGACUUCAUGAUCACCGGCGUACAGGAGGCCCAGCGCAUCUAUGACGUCGCCUUCAGAGGAUUCUUCGUCGUUAGCAGCUUCUCCCUGCUCCUGGGACUGGUUAUCGGUAUGAUCUGCUGCGUCAUCCUCCUCAGCAAGCCGGCCACGCCCGCCACCGUCGGAAAGCCCACCAAGAUCAGCGCCCGCAAACAGGACUAA